GUGGUGCGCUCUUGUGGUGUUGUUGCAGCGCAAUGGCGGGGCCCGCGUAUACAACGUUCACCGUCUACGGCACGCUCUUCAAGGUCGACGUGCGCUACCAGUUUAUCGCUGCCCUCGGGCGCGGCUCGUAUGGCAUCGUGUGUUCGGCCAAGGACGUCGCGACCGGCGAAAAGGUGGCCAUCAAGCGCGUGUCGCCCAUGGCUCGCAAGACGAGCGACGCCAAGCACACGCUACGUGAGAUCAGCCUCAUGCAAUGCCUUGGCAACCACCCGAAUAUCGUUAGCAUCAAGGACAUGUGCGUCAACGUCGCCGACGACGAGCUGUACAUCAUUAUGGACUUUAUGGACACGGACAUGCACCGCGUGAUCCAGAGCAGCCAGGCGCUCUCGGACUCGCACCACCGGUACUUUCUCCACCAAGUGCUGCGCGGCGUCAAGCACAUGCACGACAAUGGAAUCCUGCACCGCGACCUCAAACCCGGCAACAUUCUCGUCACAAAAAGCUGCCAAGUCAAGAUCGCCGACUUUGGCUUGGCGCGGACGUGUACGCGGAGCAGCGAGAAGCGCAAGGGUCGGCCUGCCUCGGCGAGCAUUACCAAGGUGGACGGUGCCGCGGCGUCCGAGAGCGGCGACUGGCAACCCAUGACAGAGCACGUCGUCACGCGCUGGUACCGGGCACCGGAGCUCAUGCUGCAGCCCGACGGCCACUACAGCACAGGCGUCGACAUGUGGUCGAUCGGAUGCAUCUUUGCCGAGAUGCUCGGGCGGAAAGCGAUAUUUCCGGGCAAAAAUUUCAUCCACCAGCUCACGCUCAUUUUUGACGUGAUCGGCACGCCGUGCACGAGCGACGUCAAGAAAAUGAAGAGCGCGCAGGCGCAGCGCUUCAUCAAGUCGCUCGGGAAGAAGCCCAAGGUGCCGUUCCGAACGGUGUUUCCAUCUGCGACGCCCGAAGCCAUCGACCUCCUCGAGCGGAUGUUGCACUUUGAUCCAGUGAGCCGGUGCUCGGUCGACGAAGCGCUCAAGCACCCAUAUAUGCAAGCGAUCGAGCGACGGUACACCCCCAAGGAUGUGACCGUCCCGACGCACAUUUCGUUUGCCUUUGAGCAAGAAAACCUUGGCCGGAACGAACUUGUUCAGCUGAUUGUGUCCCAAGUCGAAGGCUUUAGCGGCCGAUCGUCGCAAACACCGGCGAGCAUUCGCACGAUCCACGCCCUCGCCCAGCAGUCGCGCGGCCGCGUGACGCUCGAGAGCCCAGAGUUGAUGAAGUCGAUGAUGGCCGAGCCGACAAUGACCGAGGUGCCAAAGACGACACGUCCGCCCAGUGCCUCGAGGAUACGCAGUGCAGUGGUCACGCCAGGACCCAAGCCGAACGCGAAUGCUCUCUUGACCGCCACCAGCAUAGCCACUACGUCCACGACUGCGACAACGUCGACGAUGACGGCUAAGCCGCGUCCGGCCAGCGCGCACCCGACCCGGGCACCGCCACCGAUGCUACCGACGCGAACGACCCUCGUGUGCAAGGAAGCUGACAACGACGGCGACAAGGAGGUCGAAGACGCCGAAGCCAAAGAGAUUGUGCCGGCCAAACCUCUGGGGCCGGCAAGUGAUUCGUCGUCGUCAUCGGACGACGAGGCGGACGCGAAACCGGUUGUGCCGGCAACUGUGGCGCGCCCCAAGUCGGCGCCGAUCCGCGGCGGGUCGGCGCUCAAGCAUGCGGCACCGUGUGUCGCGUCGACGUCAUCCCUCAUUCGCGCCCAACGGGCCAACCAAGCCAAGCCAACAACAACAACAACAACAACGUCGGGAGCGAGUGCGAAGCCCGCACCCUUGACGCGCACCGAGUCGGCGACGGAAAUUUUGCCCGCGGAGGCCGAGACCAAGGGCAAAGGCAAGAAGCUCACGGUGCCGGUGAGCCCCAAGUUUUCGGUCAUGUCGUGGCAAAAACAGAAAAAGCCAGCGGCUGCCACACGCAGUACCACGCGCGUCAAGAAGAUACGAUAGCAGCUAUUACUGUACAUCGAUAGUCUUCUCCAUCUUGCCGUAUUUAACUUCAGCCUGCACCACCGCCUUGCCCCA